GAGGCAGACGUCAGUCGUCGUAGUCCAACUCACGCGCCAACAUUAUAGCCAGCAACAUUCACGCGUUGUUUCUUCGCGGGAAAACAUACACCGCGAAAUGUCUUCUUUGAAAAUUUUGCGCGGGAAAAUUGCGCGCCAAAUCCUAAAAAAUUUAACCGCCCAAAAUGAUAGUUGCCAUAUUAAAACCAAUAAUGUAGUGAACAAUUUAUCAAGGUGUUUGGCUACACAGACUGCACCUGCUUUGAAAAAUAAUGUUUUAACUUCUCUGUAUGGAGAUAUUGAAGUGGGUAAUGAAACCUUGCCGGAAUUUGUUUUUAGGGAUUUUGAACUAUGGCCGGACAUGCCUUGCGUGACUUGCGGUGCAUCAGGCCGCUCUUACGAAUAUGGGAUGAUGAGGCUGAUGAUAGAGCGAUGUGCGAACGCUCUCGCCGGCCAUUUGAAGAUGGCGUCUGGAGAACGAAUCGGUCUCAUCCUACCCAACAUACCGGAGUUUGUAGUGCUUAUACAUGGUGCUAUGAGAGCCGGCUUGGUGGUUACUUUUGCUAACCCAUUGUACACUCCUGAUGAAGUUCGUCGCCAAUUCAUGGAUUGCAAUGUGAAGGCGAUCGCUACGAUAGAAAUGUUCAUGCCUGUCGCGCUAGAAGUUAGCAAGGCUCUCAAAGAUUACAAAGGCACAAUCUGGGUGGGUGGAGAGGAUGAUAAAACUAAAGGUGUAUAUGGCCUCCGUUCUCUAUUAAUGGCGGAUCACGAAGCAGACCUUCCAACAGUGAAUGCAGAUGACGUAUGCUUAAUACCAUAUUCUAGUGGAACUACUGGCCUGCCAAAGGGUGUGAUGCUCACACAUAAGAACCUGGUUAGCAACUUGAAGCAAGUACAAGUCGCUAAGUUUAUGAAGUAUGAUGGGGAGAAAGGUAAAGGAGAUUGUAUCUUAACAGUUCCACCGUUCUUCCAUAUCUAUGGUUUUAACGGUAUUUUGAACUAUAACCUAGUUCUAGGAUACCACAUUGUAUCUAUACCUAAAUUCACACCAGAUGACUACAUCAAGUGUUUAGUAGAAUAUAAACCAACGACGUUAUUCGUAGUGCCAUCACUAUUAGCCUUUUUGGCAACACAUCCAGCUGUGAAGAAGGAAUAUUUGCAAUCCAUAGAAACCAUAAUGGUAGGAGCUGCUCCCACUACGGACAGCAUGCUAGAGAAAUUCCUACUUAAAUGCGAGAAAACUAAGGAACAGAUUAAGUUGUUGCAAGGUUACGGUAUGACAGAAAGUUCCCCCGUAACGUUGCUAACCCCAUACAUAUAUCCGUACGAUAAGAUUGGCUCAGUGGGCCAACUCGUGCCGUCCACACAGGCGCGGAUCGUAUCGCUCGCUACGGGAGAGGCCCUGGGGCCACAUGAGUCUGGGGAGUUGUGGUUGAAGGGACCACAGGUAAUGAAAGGUUACUGGAACAACGAGAAAGCAACAAAAGAAACAGUGGACAGCGACGGGUGGCUCCAUACUGGUGAUGUUGCGUUCUACGACAAGGAUCAUUAUUUCUUUAUCGUUGAUAGGACUAAGGAACUCAUCAAAGUUAAAGGAAACCAGGUCUCGCCGACUGAAAUCGAGAGUAUCAUAAUGGAACAACCAGAAGUGGCAGACGUCGCUGUAGUCGGCAUGCCCGACGCGUUGGCGGGAGAAGUGCCCAAAGCGUUCGUCGUUCUGAAACCGAACCAUAAACUAACAGAGAAACAAGUUUACGACAUAGUCGCUAAUAAACUGACCAAAUACAAACACUUAGAGGGCGGCGUCGCGUUUCUAGACGCAAUACCGCGAAACGCAGCCGGCAAAAUUAUGAGGAAUGAACUGAAAGUUUUAGGAAGAAAAAAAUAGAUAAUAGAUGUAAUAAAUAAAUUUGCUUUGUUUGUACUUAAUUACAACAUAGUGUAUGAUGUUAGCUUACCGUGUGAAUGUAAUGAAAACCAUUUGUAAAUUAUGUUGAAAUAAUUUCAGAUCAACUUUUAAAAGAGGCGACUAAUUAUUAUUAUAUACACAUUGUAUAUUUUAUUGUGUUAUGGUCUGAUGCAUGGAUAAUAAAUAAUGUAUGUGAGUUUCAUAAAUGUAGGUAUCCCAAAUUGAAAGCGGUCAAGAAAUAAAUUUAUAAUAAUUAUGGUAAACAAGACUAAAUCAUAAAGGCAGCUCUGAUAAAAAAUAAGUUAAUAUCCAGAACAUAUAUAAUGUUAAAACACAGAAUAAAUUCCAUUAUUACGAAGAGCCUUCAAUCAUACAAUUUUUUACCAUAAUUAAUUAAAUUUGGUAAAAUGUCAAGUACCUAAAUGUGGAAUCGAUUUUUAAUAAAGACCGCCGUAUUUUGAUAUUAUAUUUUAGUUAAAUACCUAGUUGUAAGCGAAUAGUUUUAUAAGGUAACAUGAGUAGGAAGUUAUAUUUUUAUUAAUUUUGAUACAAAUAAUACCUAUAUCUAACUAAAUGAAGUAUUUGAAAUAUUGUUUAUUGAAAAUAAAAUUUUAUUGUUGUUA